UAUACCGCCCUGUUGAUGGUGGAGCACGGUGUUGAUGGAAGCUAUGUUAAGAGAACAACUCUUCAUGAUCUUUAUGAGAAACAAGGGCAGAGUCCGUGGUAUGAUAACCUAUGCCGCCCUGUUACCGAUCUUCUUCCCCUGAUUGAAAGUGGUGUGAGAGGUGUUACAAGCAACCCGGCGAUUUUUCAGAAAGCAAUAUCUACCUCAAAUGCUUACAAUGACCAAUUCAGGGAACUUGUACAGGGAGGGAAAGACAUCGAAAGUGUAUAUUGGGAACUUGUAGCGAAAGAUAUCCAAGAUGCUUGUAGACUGUUUGAGCCAAUUUAUGACGAAACAGAUGGUGGAGACGGUUAUGUUUCUGUUGAGGUUUCACCUAGGCUUGCUGAUGAUACCCAAGGGACUGGAGGUGGCAGUGGUGGUUGUGGUGGUUAAUGGCAGUGGCAGUGG